AUGGACAAAAUUAUGAAGAGUUUAUUGAAAUGUUUAAAAAAGGUUGAUUUUAAUAAAAAUGAAUUUUUAAACUUUGUGAAUUCAUUAUUGUUAUUGUAAUUGAUUAUUCAGUCUUAGAUUAUUCAAUAUUUAUAAAUAAGUUUAAAAAUAAUAGAUCUGAAAAUUGGGUUAGAUGAAUUUUUUAUUCAUUAAAUUAUAAUAGUUUAAAAUUUAACUUUAUUUCAAUAUCGAAAUUCUAAAUAUAAUAUUGUAAGUAUUUUUCUUAACUAUAUCUAAUUGGUAUUCAUGGAUUUUCUUUUCUGA